UACGGAUUACAACACUCAGUAGUCUGAUUCCGGCAUUUGCACAACCAGCAAAACAAACAAACCAACAAUUAUCAACAUGAAAUUCGUUAUUGUUUUCGUCGCCCUCUUCGCUUUGGCCUUUGCUGCCCCCGCUGAUGUCGAAGUCGUCGAAUCGAGAUCCGUUGUCGAGCCAGAGAGCUACGACUUUGCCGUGAAGACCAGCGAUGGUACAUCAAAACAAGAAUCCGGUCAAUUGGUCAACCCAGGUGCUGAGGAUGAACACAUUUCUGCCCGCGGUUCAUACUCUUUCGUCGCUGAUGAUGGUCAAACCUACACCGUCACCUAUGUUGCUGAUGAGAACGGUUUCCAACCACAAGGUGCUCAUUUGCCCGUCGCCCCUGAGGCUUAAGUUUCAUUCUCAUUAAUUGAGUUUGAAUUGGUGGAAGUGUUAUUAGAUUAUAAGUAAAGCGAUGUUGAAUAAAUGAUUAAUGAAAAAAAAAA